GUGAUGCUCAAUUGAGAAAUGGGGAGCGAUGCUAAAUCUGAAAUCUUUUCUCUCCUAAACUAAACUCUUAAAGCUUGAAUCUUGCUUCCUUCCUGUCGGAAAUGGAAGGUCAAGAAUGGCGAAUAUAGCUGUAGAAACUGGCCUGUGAUUGAAUCAUCUUCUCAAGUCUAGACGGUGGUGCAUCCUUCUUUCAUCUUGCAUGACAGGUCGGUCAAUUAUCAAUUUCAAACCCUAAGCCCUAAACCUUUACCUGUAGCAUCUCAACUGUAUGGAGACAUCAGUGUUGGGAACACCAAAUGAUUCAAUUCUUCAAUGGAAGCUAUGGCAGUUGCUUGAUUCCAUUCUUCCAACAGGUGGAUUUGCGCAUUCAUCUGGGUUAGAAGCAGCAGUUCAAGCCCGAAUAGUUUCCACCCCUGAAGAUCUUCAAACAUACGUAAUUCACCUAUUAGAGAACACAGGAAGCCUUCUUCUUCCAUUCGUAAACGCUGCAACUAAACACCCUGAAAUGGAAACAUGGCACAAGCUUGACAGGAUUCUAGACGCCACCCUUACUAACCAAGUGAGUCGUAAGGCGUCGAUUUCACAAGGGUCGGCACUCAUGAGAGUUGCAGCCGCGGUUUUCACAGAGGUUCCUUCUUUGAAGACUAUGAGGAGUUUGAGCAUAGGAAAGAAUGUAGUCAAUUUUCACCACGCACCCAUAUUUGGAUUGGUUUGUGGGCUUCUUGGUCUUGAUUGUAAGACGACUGAGAGGGCUUACUUGUUUGUGAUAACGAGAGAUGUGAUUUCAGCUGCAACAAGGCUGAAUUUAGUAGGGCCUUUGGGUGCAGCCAUGUUGCAGCAUCAAAUAUCAAUGGUUGCUGAACAAACUAUGGAAAGAUGGUCUGGGAAAGAGGUUGAGGAUGCUUGUCAAGUUGCACCUUUGCUUGAUGCGGUUCAAGGUUGUCAUGAAUAUUUGUUUUCCAGGUUGUUUUGCUCUUGAUUGUAACAUUUCUAUCGGAUUAGCUGUUACCCUAUAAUCGGCAUAUCAAAUGUUAUUCUGUUCAGAUUUGGUCGAUAUAAGGGUUGGACGAUCGGUCCCAAGUCCAUGUAAGACCUCAAAUCAUAGUGUUUGAGUGAGUAGUUGCAUAAACAUUACAUAUCUGACAAUAUAGUUGGACUCAAUAGGAGUAUAGCUCAGGUGGUGUCAAUAGUCUUAUUUUAUAAA